CGGGGCAGCAUGGCUGGGGUGCAGCAGUGCCUGCUGCAGCUGCACCGCUGCCUGCAGCCCGGCGAUGCCGCCGGCAGCGCCCUGCACGGAUACAGCCUGCUCCGCAGCCUGGCCGAGACCUGCGUGGCCAGCCUGGCCAGCGGCGAGCAGGCGCUGCACCUGUCCCUGGUGUUUUCCCAAGACCAUGGCUUACUCGUCUUUAUCCACAAAUCCCUCCCCAUCGAGGAGUUUCGAGAUUGCAGGGAAGAAGCAUUGAAGUUUCUUUGUGUCUUUAUGGAAAAAGUUGGUGACAAAAUUCAUCCUUAUGCCUGUAAUAUUAAGCAAACUUGUCUUAGUGUCUAUACAAAAGAAAGAGCAGCAAAAUGUAAAAUCUCAGCACUGGAACUUCUGAUUAAGUUGCUUCACAGUUUACAACGUUCCUGUUUGAUGGAAGAAAUGAAAAUUAGAGAGAUAUUUAAUAAAUUUUAUGGGGAGCUUGCUGCAAAAAGUAAAAUUACUGAUACAGUAUUGGAAAAGAUUUAUGAACUUUUGGGAGUUUUGGGAGAAGUCCAGCCUAGUGACAUGAUUAACAACUCUGAAAAACUGUUCCGAGCUUAUUUGGGAGAGCUUAGAACACAGAUGACAUCUGCUAUAAGGGGACCCAAGCUACCUCUUGUGGCAGGAUGUCUGAGGGGACUGGUAGCACUCAUGUACAACUUCACCAAGUCUGUGGAUGAAGAUCCUCAGACUGCAAAGGAGAUUUUUGAUUUUGCAAUGAAGGCAAUCAACCCACAGAUUGAUCAGAAGCGAUACGCAGUACCUCUAGCUGGGUUACAGUUGUUCAGCUGGCACUCUGCUCAGUUUGGAGCCUUGCUCCUGGACAACUAUGUGUCCCUCUAUGAAGUGAUGUGCAAAUGGUGUGCCCACACGCAUCAGGAGCUGAAGAAAGCCAGUUAUUCUGCACUAGAUUCAUUCCUCAAGCAGAUUUCUUUAAUGGUGGCUAAAGAUGCAGAGCUACACAAGAGCAAGUUGCAGUUUUUCAUGGAGCAGUUCUAUGGAAUCAUCAGGAAGAUGGAUUCGAGCAGCAAAGAAUUGUCCAUCGCCAUUCGCGGAUAUGGGCUUUUCGCAGCACCCUGUAAAGCUAUACGUUCUGAGGAUGUGGACAACAUGUACGUGGAGCUCCUUCAGCGUUGUAAGCAAAUGUUCCUCACAGAAGCAGAAACAAUAGAUGAACAUCUGUAUCAACUACCAAGUUUCCUCCAGUCCAUUGCAAGUGUGAUAUUCCAUAUAGACACAGUUCCUGAGGUAUACACUCCAGUUCUUGAACAUCUAGUUGUGCUGCAGAUCAACAGCUUUCCACAGUACAGUGAAAAAAUGCAGCCGGUCUGUUGCAGAUCUAUAAUAAAGGUGUUUCUGUCUCUCUCAGGAAAAGGUCCAGUUCUCUGGAGCUUUAUUAGCACUGUGGUGCAUCAGGGAUUAAUCAGAAUUUUCUCCAAGCCAAUCACAUUUUCGAAGGAUUUUUUUGGCAAAGAUACUUCUGGAUCAGAAGAAGCCUUUGAAGCUGGAGAAGUUGGGACACGAAGAUCGAAAGUACCAACUUAUAAGGACUACCUGUACCUCUUUAGAAGUCUACUGAGCUGUGAUGCAAUGAAGGAAUGUGUUUUUGAAGAUGCAAACUUUCUUACUGAGAAUGCACAACUGCAAUCCCUGAGUCGCAUCCUGUAUGAUGAACUUAUAAAAUCUAUUUUGAAGAUUAUUGAGAAAUUGGACCUGACUGUUCAGAAACUGGAUGUUAGUGAACAGGAUGAAAAUGUAGGUGACAGUGCUUUGGUUGGGCCUUCUUCUGACCCUGCUUCAAACCUUCAGCCAACGAGGCCAAUAGAUUUUAUGGCCUUUAUAAAUCUCGUGGAAUUCUGCAGAGAGAUACUUCCAGAGAAACAUGUGGAAUACUUUCACCCUUGGGCAUAUUCCUUUUCUUAUGAGCUUAUUAUACAUUCAACAAGACUACCUCUUAUUAGUGGAUUCUACAAGCUGCUUGCAGUUGCAAUGAAGAUUGCCAAGAGGAUAAAAUACUUUGAGGGUGUCAGUCCCAGGAGCCUCAGAAGAUGUCCUGAAGAUCCAGAAAAGAGCUCUUGCUUUGCUCUCUUUGUAAAGUUUGGAAAAGAGGUUGCAGCAAAAAUGAAACAGUAUAAAGAUGAGUUAUUGGCAUCUUGUCUGAUUUUUUUGCUCUCUUUACCACAUGACAUCAUCAUGCUUGAUAUCAAAGUAUAUAUUCCUGCAAUGCAGAAUGCAUUUAAGCUGGGCCUUAGCUGUACCCCCAUGGCUGAUCUGGGCCUGGAUGCUUUGGAAGACUGGUCAGCUCACAUCCCCAGACAUAUCAUGCAACCCUAUUACAAGGAUGUCUUGCCUCUUCUAGAUGGUUAUUUGAAAAGCUCUACAUCUGCAGUUGAAUCCCAGAAUAACUGGGAAGUAAGGAAACUUUCUCAAGCAGCCCAGAAAGGACGUAAUGAAGUUGUGAUACAGCGUAUAAGAAAAGCAAAAACAUUUUCAGUGGAUAGUAGUCCCUCCUUGGAAGCAGUAAGGACUAGAGUGGCACGCCUUCUUGGAUCUUUGGGAGGACAGAUUAACCACAACUUAAUUACAGCUACCUCUGCAGAAGAGAUGAUAAAGAAAUGUGUAUCCUGGGACACUGAGAAGCGCCUGAGCUUUGCUGUACCAUUUGCAGAUAUGAAGCCUGUCAUCUACUUGGACUUAUUUUUGCCUCAUGUGACUGAACUGGCUCUUUCUGCAAGUGACAGGCAAACAAAAGUUGCAGCGUGUGAGCUGCUACAUGGCAUAGUCACAUAUAUGUUGGGGAAAGCCUCUCAGAUGCCAGAAGGACAUCAAGGUCCCCCACCUAUGUACCAUUUACAUAAGCGAGUAUUUCCAGUACUGCUUCGUCUUGCUUGUGACAUAGACCAGGUAGCAAGACAGUUGUAUGAGCCUUUAGUCAUGCAACUCAUUCACUGGUUUACCAACAACAAAAAAUUUGAGAGUCAAGAUACAGUGGCAUUCCUGGAAGCUAUCCUGAGUGGCAUAGUGGAUCCAGUUGACAGCACUUUGAGAGAUUUCUGUGGUCAGUGCAUACGAGAAUUUUUGAAAUGGUCUAUCAAGCAGACAACACCGAGACAGCAGGAGGAAAGCCCAGCAAACACCAAGUCUCUUUUUAAACGGUUGUACAGUCUUGCUCUUCACCCCAGUGCUUUCAAGAGGCUAGGUGCAGCACUUGCUUUUAACAAUAUCUACAGAGAAUUUAGGGAAGAAAAUUCUCUGGUGGAGCAGUUUGUAUUUGAAGCACUGGUUGUUUUUCUGGAAAGCCUGGCUUUAGCCCAUACAGAUGAGAAGUCAUUAGGUACUGCCCAGCAGUGCUGUGAUGCUAUUAAUCACCUGAAGCGCAUAAUCAAGCAUAAAGCACCUUCUCUGAACAAAGAAGGAAAACGGCGGGUACCACGGGGAUUCCCAGCUACUAAAUCUGUGUGUCUUCAGGACAUUGUCAUGUGGCUCUUAGUGCAAUGUGGACGACCUCAGACAGAGUGCCGGCAUAAGGCCAUGGAGCUCUUCUAUGAAUUUGUUCCUUUAUUACCAGGAAGCAAGUCUCCGUCUUCUUGGCUGGCUGAUACUCUAAAAAACAGAGAUGUUUCUUUCCUCAUUACCAAAUUUGAAGGAGGUGGCACCGAUGCCAGGAGUCCAUCUGGGAUCCUUUCUCAGCCAACUCUCGCUGGCAUGCAGGAACCCUUCAGUUUACAGGCUGUCAUGCAGUGGAUGGACAUGUUCUUAGCAGCACUGGAUUGCUACAAUACAUUCUUUGAGCUGCAGAUGAUCAAACCUUAUGAAGUACUGGGUGUAAAUGAAAGUUCCUUGUUCUUGGAAGCUGUGCAGUUCUUCCUUGACACUCUUGCUUUGCAUGAUAUCCACGCAGCAGAGCAGUGCUUUGACUGCAGCUCAAAAGGCAGCAUGUUCAGUCCUCAGGAAAGGGACAUGUACAACUACAGCAAGUGUACCAUUAUAAUCCGGAUCAUGGAGUUCGUCACCGUCAUCCUGGAAAUGUGCCAGCAGGACUUCUGGAAGCUGCUUGAGAAGCAACUGCUAAAUGCAAGCUUUAUAGAACUUGUGGUGAUGACAGUGUGUGAUCCAUCACACAUAGGCUUUAACACAGCUGAUGUGCAGGUUGUGAAAAACCUCCCAGAUAUCUCAGUAAAACUGAUGAAAGCUCUCAUGAAAUCUCCGUAUCAGAAAUCUUUGAUACUGUGCAUAAAAAAAAGAAUCACACCACAAAGCCUUGAGGACCUUUGUUCUGUUGAUGUGUUUAAUUCAGAGGCACGUUUGGAUCAAGUUAGGUUUAGUGCUAUCCUUUCUGCCUGCAAGCAGCUCCAGAAAUCUGGCCUGCUUCAUUCUGUUCUUCAUGGUCAGGAUGAAGGGCCUCAUUUCUCAGUUGGCUCCAAGCUUCUUUCAGUUGUUUAUAAAGGCAUUGCACCUGGGAGUGAAAGGGCCUCUCUUCCAUCCUUAGACAUCAGCAGGAAGCGAUUAGCUGAUAGUCUUCUGCAGCUAUCCUUCGCUAUUGAUGAGCAGUGUGAGGAGCUAGUAAGUCUGCUGUUGAACACAGUAGUGUUGUCUGUGCCACUAUCAGGAGCAUCCCAGAACCAGCUGAUUAAUUUAUCUCAUGGACAGUAUUUCUACAGCCUGUUCUCAGAAACCAUCAACCAACAGCUACUGAAAAACCUGGAUGUGAUCAUAGUCCGUCUUAUGGAAUCAUCUGUCAGCAACCCUCAAAUGGUUGGGAGCAUUUUGAAUGGCAUGUUAGAUCAGAGCUUUAGGGACCGUGCUGUGCGCAAGCAGCAAGGAGCAAAACUGGUGACAGCUGUACUAAGAAACUGGGAGAAACUGGACAGCUGGUGGGCCAAAGGUUCAUCUGCUGAGAGCAAAAUGGCAAUCUUGACCCUGCUGGCAAAAGUUCUGCAGAUAGACUCUUCAGUUUCUUUCAAUACCAAUCAUGAAGCAUUUACAGCUGUUUUUAAUACCUAUACCAGUCUACUUACUGAUCAGACUUUAGGCUUAAAUCUUAAGGGCCAAGCAGUGAUAAUCCUCCCGUUCUUCACUAAUUUGACAGAAGAAAAGCUUAAUGACCUUAAGAAUGCUCUGGAUCAGCUUGUAGCUUUCAAUUUUCCCAUGAGGUCUGAUGAGUUUCCCCAAGGAACCUUGAAGCACAAUAACUAUGUAGACUGCACUAAGAAGUUUUUAGAUGCAUUAGAAUUGUCUCAGAGUCCAAUGUUGUUGCAACUGAUGACAGAAAUCCUCUGUAGGGACCACAGACAUUUCAUGGAGGACUUAUUUCAAGCCAGCUUCAAAAGAAUUUCCAGAAGGAGCACCACUGACAAACAAGUGAUACUGUUGGACACUGUUCACAAAAUGUUCCGAAGUGAAGAACUUCUUUCAAAUACUGCUCGCCAAGCAUUUGUGGAUCGCUCCCUCCUCACUCUUUUGUGGCACUGCAGCUUGGAUGCAUUGAGAGUAUUCUUUGGCAAGAUUAUAGUGGAGGCUAUGGAUACACUUAAUUCCAGGUUUACAAAGUCCCAUGAAUAUACUUUUGAUACACAAGUCACCAAGAAAAUGGGGUAUUACAAGCUGCUAGAGGUGAUGUACGUGCGUCUUUCAAAAGAGGAGGUUUACUCCAAGGACUCUAAAAUUAACCAGGCUUACCGUGGCUCCAUAAGUGUAGAAGGAAAUGAACUUACCAAGACUCUAAUAAAGUCGUGCUAUGAUGCAUUUACAGAAAACAUGUCUGGAGAGAGUCAGCUGCUGGAGAAGAGGAGACAGUAUCACUGUGCAGCAUAUAACUGUGCUAUUGCUGUCAUCAGCUGUGUCUUCACUGAAAGUAAAUUUUAUCAAGGCUUUCUUUUUUCAGAAAAAUCAGAAAAGAACUUGCUGAUUUUUGAAAAUCUGAUAGACCUGAAGCGUCAGUAUACAUUUCCUGUUGAAAUUGAGGUGCCUCUGGAAAGGAAGAAGCGGUACAUUGCUAUUAGGAAGGAGGCCAGGGAUGCAGGCAAUAGCAGCCAGGAUGAACCCAAGUAUUUAUCUUCUUCAUCAUACAUGAUGGAUAGCAGUUUGAGCGAGGAAAUGAGUCAGUUUGAUUUUUCUACUGGAGUCCAAGGUUUUUCUUAUAGCUCCCAAGAUGUUACACCUAGCAGCACUCGUUUCAGGAGAAAGGAGCCCACAGAAUACAAGGUUUUAAACGAUGAGAUGGAGCUGGAAAUGGAUGAAUUCAACCAACAUGAAUGUAUGGCUUCUAUGACCACUCUGAUUAAACAUAUGCAGAGGAACCAGAUCACACCCAAAGUAGAGGAGGGGGCAGUUCCAGUAAAUCUUCCUCUUUGGAUGAAAUUUCUUCAUGGCAAAUUAGGAAACCCAUCAGUACCAUUAAAUAUUCGCCUCUUCAUAGCAAAACUUAUUGUUAAUACUGAGGAUGUAUUCCGGCCUUAUGCAAAGCACUGGCUUGGUCCAUUGCUGCAACUUGUUGUUUCUGGAAAUAAUGGAGGUGAAGGGAUUCAUUACAUGGUAGUGGAAAUAGUAGUUACAAUCCUUUCCUGGACAAGUGUAGCCACUCCCAAAGGGAAUAUUAAGGAUGAGAUUUUGGCUAACAGAUUGCUUGAAUUCUUGAUGAAGAAUGCAUUUCACCCAAAACGAAUUGUGUUCAGACACAAUCUGGAAAUCAUAAAGACAGUUAUAGAGUGUUGGAAGAACUGUCUCUCCAUACCUUACAGUUUAAUAUUUGAAAAGUUUUCUAGUGGAGACCCUGAUACAAAGGAUAAUUCAGUGGGAAUUCAGCUGCUGGGAAUUGUUCUUGCUAACAAUUUGCCACCCUUUGACCCAAAGUGUGAAAUUGAUCGUGUCAGGUAUUUUCAAGCUUUGACCAGCAACAUGGGCUUACUAAAGUACAAAGAGGUUUAUGCAGCUGCAGCAGAAGUUCUGGGACUUACUCUUCAAUACAUUGCUGAGAGAGAAAAUAUACUUGAAGAUCCAGUUUAUGAUUGUGUCAUAAAACAAUUAAAGCAUCAUCAGAACACACAACAUGAUAAGUUUAUUCAAUGCUUGAAUAAAGUUGUUAAGAAUUUUCCACCUCUUGCUGACAGGUUUAUGAAUGCAGUAUUCUUUUUGAUACCCAAACUUCAUGGUGUGAUGAAAACCUAUUGUCUGGAAGUAAUAAUGUGCCGGGCGGAAGAGGUUCCUGAUCUCCACUUGCAGUUAAAGAGUAAAGACUUUACCCAGAUCAUGAAUCAUAGGGAUGAUGAAAGACAAAGGGUUUGUUUGGAUAUAGUGUACAAGAUGCUAUCUAAAUUAAAACCACUAGAACUUAAAGAACUUCUGCCUGGAGUGACCGGGUUCAUUUCUCACCCUUCUGUAAUAUGUCGACAGCGCAUGUAUGAUAUUCUGAUGUGGAUUUAUGAUAAUUACAGUGAUCCAGAAAGUCAAGCAGAUGAUGAUUCUCAGGAGAUACUCAAAGUGGCAAAAGAAAUACUGCUUCAAGGACUGAUUGAUGAAAAUGCUGAACUGCAAUUAAUUGUUAGGAAUUUUUGGAGUCAUGAGACAAGGUUGCCAACAAAUACUCUUGACCGCAUGCUGUCAUUGUUGAGUUCUUUAUAUUCCACCAAGAUUGAAACACAGUACUUGAGUCUCAUCACAAAUUUUCUGCUUGAAAUGACUAGCAAGAGCCCAGAUUAUUCCAGAAGAAUAUUUGAGCAUCCACUGUCUGAAUGCAAAUUUCAGGACUUUGUAGUUGACUCCAGCUGGCGUUACCGAAGUACUGUGCUCACACCAAUGUUUGUGGAGACUCAGGCUUCUCCAAGUAUCCACAGGAAUUUGUCACAGGAAAGAUCCCUAUCUCCUUCUGCGUCAGUCGGUGGGCAAGUGAGGGCUACCCAAAGGCAGUAUGAAUUUACACCUACACAGUAUGGCAGUGGUAGAAGUUCUUUUAAUUGGCUAACUGGAAGUAGCAUUGACACAUUGGCAGAGUAUGCAGUUCCUUCAUCCUCUGAAUCCUUGUCUUCAUCCAUGCUGUUGGUUAGCAAACGGAGUGAGAAGUUUAAACAAGCAACCUUUAAACCAGUGGGGCCAGAUUUUGGGAAAAAAAGGUUAGGUUUGCCUGGAGAUGAAGUGGACAGCAAAACUAAAGGUAUAGAAGAGCGAGCAGAAAUUCUAAGACUGCGGAAACGUUUCUUGAAGGACCAAGACAAACUCAGUCUGAUUUAUGCCAGAAAAAGUCUGGCUGAAAAGAAAAGAGAAAAGGAGAUGAAAUCUGAGCUGAAGAUGAAGUAUGAUGCCCAGGUUACUUUGUACAGAAGUUACCGAGUGGGAGACCUUCCUGACAUCCAGAUUGAAUACUGCAGUCUCAUUGCCCCUCUGCAGGGCCUUGCCCAGAAAGAUCCAACAUUUGCCAAGCAGCUUUUCAGCAGUUUGUUUAGUGGAAUUUUUUGUGAAGUAAAAAAAUCUAAAAACCCUUCUGAGAAAAACGCCAUUGUCCAGAAGCUGCUGAAUGACUUCAAUAAUUUCCUCAGUAUGAGCCUGUCAUACUUUCCACCGUUCAUUGCGUGCAUCCAGGAAAUGAGUUACCAGCACAGAGAGCUGCUGGAACUGGACUCAGCUAACGUGAGCACAAGCUGCCUUGCAAGUUUGCAGCAGCCAGUGGGCAUCCUUCUUCUGGAGCGUGCCCUGAUGGCUCUGUCCCCUGCGGAGGAGCCCCCGUCCAAAAGGAUGCGUGGGAGGACAGAGCUGCCCCCAGAUGUGAUCAGAUGGAUUGAACUUGCUAAGCUCUACAGAUCCCUUGGGGAUUAUGAUGCCCUUCGUGGCAUUUUCAGUGGUAAGAUUGGGACUAAGGAAAUCACACAGAAAGCUUUGUUGGCAGAAGCAAGGAAUGAUUAUGCUGAAGCAGCUCAGUAUUAUGAUAAGGCACUCUCCCAAGAAGACUGGCAAGAUGGAGAGCCAACAGAAGCAGAGAAGGACUUCUGGGAACUUGCAUCUCUGGAAUGCUAUGACCACCUCACAAUGUGGAAGUCUCUGGAGUAUUGUGCUACUGUUAAUAUUGAUAGUGGAAAACCUCCAGACCUAAGCAAGAUAUGGAAUGAUCCAUUUUUUCAGGAGACAUAUCUGCCCUAUAUAAUACGCAGUAAGUUGAAGUUACUGCUCAGUGGGGAGAAUGACCAGACUUUGCUAACCUUUAUUGAUGAGGCAAUGAAGACAGAACAGAAGAAAACCAUUAUAGAAAUGCACUACAGCCAAGAGCUUAGUCUCCUGUACAUCCUGCAAGAUGAUUUUGACAGAGCCAAAUAUUACAUUAGCAAUGGCAUGCAGAUCUUCAUGCAGAGCUACUCCAGUAUUGAUUCCUUGUUAUAUCAAAGUCGAAUGACCAAACUGCAGUCUGUACAAGCUUUGACAGAAAUACAGGAUUUCAUCAAUUUUAUGACCAAGAGAAGUAACUUAGCUUCAGAGGCUUCCCUUAAGAGACUUCUCAGAACUUGGACAAGCAGAUAUCCAGAUGCUAAAAUGGAUCCUAUGAACAUCUGGGAUGAUAUCAUUACAAAUCGGUGUUUCUUCCUUGACAAACUGCAGGAGAAACUUCCCUCUGAUCAGGCCGAUGACAGUAUGGAGGUGGAUGGAGACUACAGUGCUGGAAUGGAAGUGGAUCAACAGAGUGAAAACAUUCACUCAAUGAUUAAAAGCUGCAAAUUUAAUAUGAAAAUGAAGAUGAUAGAGAGUGCCAGGAAACAGAACAGCUUUGCAGUGGCCAAGAAGCUCCUGAAGGACUUGCGCAAAGAAGCCAGAACGAGGGAGGACUGGCUGGUGAGGUGGAAUCAUGCCUAUUGCCGCUUCACUCACAGUAGCAGCCGCAACCUGAGCUGUCCUGAACGUGUGCUCUCAGUGUUGAAAACCAUCUCCCUGCUUGAAGAUACCAAAUCUGACUAUCUCAGCAAGAACAUAAUGGCCUUCCGGAACCAGAAUCUUCUUCUGGGUACUACGUAUCACGUCAUGGCCAAUGCUCUUAGUCAGGAUCCAAGAUGUCUUGAGCAAAUUGAGAAAGAAAAGGCUGGAAAGAUAUCACUAAUAUCAGGAGAAAGCCUUGAGAACCCUAAAAAGGUGCUGGCAGGUCUGGACAAGAAGGCUUUUCAGUGUUUCAGCUGUGCUGUAAGGAAGUCAGAAGAGGAGGUGCAGUCCCACCCCAUGGACCAUGUGGACAUGGUGGGAGUUGUGGAUGCAUAUAUGACUUUGAUCAGCUUCUGUGACGAGUAUCUGCGCAGGGAAGAGGAAGGCUUGCUUGAAAUUAGCACUGUGGAUCUGCAGCAGUUCCCAGCUAUUGUGGUGGAGAAAAUUAUAAAAGCUUUAAAACUGAAUUCCAGAGAAGCCAGGCUGAGAUUUCCUAGACUGCUCCAAAUAAUUGAAAGAUAUCCAGCAGAGACAUUGGGUCUAGUGACACAAGAGCUUUCUUCGAUUCCCUGUUGGCAGUUCAUUGGUUGGAUUAGCCAGAUGAUGGCACUACUUGACAAGGAUGAAGCAGUAGCUGUACAACACACUGUUGAAGAGAUUGCAAAUGCCUAUCCCCAGGCACUCAUCUACCCUUUCAUGAUCAGCAGUGAAAGUUACUGCUUCAAAGAUACUGUAGCUGGCUGCAAGAACAAGGACUUUGUAGAAAGGAUCAAGAAUAAGUUGGAUAGAGGAGGAGUAGUUCAAGAUUUUGUUCGCUCCCUGGAGCAGCUCUCUAAUCCUGUAAUGAUUUUCAAGGAUUGGGCUGAGGAUGUCAAAAAUGAGUUGUCAAAACCUCAGAGAAACAAAAAGAAGCUUAAGGAAAUGUAUGAAGGAAUGUACAAGAAUUUGGGAAACUUGGAGGCUCCUGGCCUUGGACUGAUGAGGAAAAGGUUUAUUCAGGCUUUUGGGAAGGACCUGGAUUGUCAUUUUGGCAGAGGUGGCUCAGAACUGUUGGAUAUGAAGAUUAGUGACUUCAAUGCAAUUGCAACUUCUCUACACUCAAAAAUGAGCAAAACCCAUAAAGAACCUGGGAACCUCAAAGAAUGUUCACCAUGGAUGAGUGAAUUCAAAGCUGAGUUCUUGAGGAAUGAACUGGAGGUUCCUGGUCAGUACGAUGGAAAAGGGAAACCACUGCCAGAGUACCACGCAAAAAUCUCUGGAUUUGAUGAACGGAUAAGCGUGAUGGAAUCCUUGAGGAAGCCAAAACGUAUAACAAUCCGAGGCAGUGAUGAGCGGGAGUAUCCUUUUCUUGUCAAAGGUGGUGAAGACCUGAGACAAGACCAACGCAUUGAGCAGCUGUUUGAUGUAAUGAACAUUAUCCUUUCCCAAGAUGCUACAUGUAGCCAAAGAAAUAUGCAGUUAAAAACUUACCAGGUCAUCCCCAUGACAACAAGACUGGGACUCAUCAAGUGGCUGGAAAAUACUUGCACCUUGAAAGAAUUCCUUAAAAAUAGCAUGUCUGAAGAGGAAGAUACCAGCUAUUACAGCCCAAGAGGACCUCGUGCUACCUAUUCUGAGUGGCUGUCCAGGAUGGGUGGGGAAGCACAGGGCAUCUCUCGAUAUCAUGCUAUGUACAGAAAUGCCAGCCGUACAGAAGCAGUCUCAUCCUUCAGAAGCAGAGAGAGCAGCGUUCCAGAAGACCUGCUGCGGCGAGCCUUUGUGAAAAUGAGCACAUCUCCAGAGGCCUUCCUGGCCCUGCGCUCCCACUUUGCCAGCUCGCACGCACUGAUGUGCAUCAGCCACUGGAUACUUGGGAUUGGAGACCGGCAUCUGUCCAACUUCAUGAUUAACAAGGAGACAGGUGGCAUGGUGGGAAUAGACUUUGGAUAUGCUUUUGGUGCGGCCACACAGUUUUUGAGUGUGCCGGAGUUGAUGCCCUUUCGCUUGACUCGCCAGUUCAUUAAUCUGAUGAUGCCAGUGAAAGAGUGGGGACUCAUUUACAGUGUGAUGGUGCAUGCCCUGAGGGCUUAUCGUUCAGAUCCAGACCUCCUCAUCAGCACCAUGGAUGUGUUUGUAAAAGAGCCUUCUUUGGACUGGAAGAACUUUGAACAAAGACAGCUAAAAAAAGGAGGCACAUGGAUUAAGGAAAUAAACACAUCUGAAGUAAACUGGUACCCUUUGCAAAAAGUCAGCUAUGUCAGAAGAAAGCUCACAGGUGCCAAUCCAGCCAUAAUCACUUGUGAUGAGCUGCGCCUGGGCCAUGAGAAGUCGCCUGCUUAUAAUGAUUUUGCAGCUGUGGCUCGUGGUAGCUCUAAUCAUGAUAUCAGAGCCAAAGAGCCAGAGGAUGGACUUUCAGAGGAGACCCAAGUGAGAUGCCUCAUCGAUCAAGCAACAGACCCCAAUAUUCUUGGCAGAGUCUGGGAAGGAUGGGAGCCCUGGAUGUGAGGAACCCUGUCUGCCAAGAGACCUGUACCCUAAAGCACAGCUGCAACCAGAUUAGAAUUCUAAUGCCAAAAAGGAAAAAAAACAACUAUUUAACUAUUUUUAUCACCAAUUAACUUGACUAAUAAAGAAAAUAAUUUUUUUGUAUUAAAGCUGUAUUCAAACAGUGAUUUUUGUGUCUUUUUUUUUAAUUAUUUUUCUUCUGUGUGGUUCUGUAACAAAGCAGCUUUAUUGUCUUUGUGUUAAAAUUCAAUGUAGAAAAAUCUGGAGACGCUACAGAGCUUAAAAGAUUUAUUUGACAAGCACUGAGAUACCUCAGUGGAAAGCACAAAUUCAUACCCCGCAAACUUGUGGGCAUCAGUGUAGUGAUGUAGUGAGUCUGUGAUUUUUUUUUUUUGCAGAGACCUUGAUGACAAUCAACUGAAACCAUUCUGCAGCCACAUAUUAUUUGUAGUUAAAGCUUGUCCUUAUCAGUAGUAUCAGCGGACCACAUGGUGAAAUUAAACAGAAAAGUGCUCUUAGCUCUAGAUAACACCUAAAGUAUCUGAACAGCUUUUUCAUUACUGGAUAACGAGAUAGCAAUGAUGAGACUGGUUUUAGCAAUUAGAGGUUAUACCCUGUUAUCUUUGUCCUUUGGAAGUCUGCACUGCUAACAUUGUGUUAUUUCCAAAUUAUUGUUUGCAACAAGCCAGAAGUAGUCACUGCUGACAGACCUGAGCACGGUAAGCUUCUUGCCAUAACUGCAGCACAGCACUGGAAUGUCUACUGCACUUUGGAAUUUGCUUAUGCCAAACCGUGGAGGUUGUGCCAGAUGUGACUCUUAAGUUCUCAGGUGUGCUGGGUUUGGCUGGGAUUGAGUUCAUUUUCUUCAGAGUAGCUGAAGUGGGGCUGUGGUUUGGAUUUGUGCUGGAAACUGUUGAUGGCACAGGGAUGUUUCAUUAUUGCUGAGCAGAGCUCAGCAUUAUUGCUGAGACAAGGCCUCUUCUGCCUCUCACACCAUGAGGAGUCCAGGGGUGCCCAGCCAGGAAAGCUGACUCCAACUGACCCAGGGGCUGUCCCAUACCACAGGGUGUCAUGCUCAGCAUGUAGAGCUGAGGGAAGAAGGAGAAAGAGGGAGAUGUUCAGAGUGAUGGUGUUUGUCUUCUCAAGUCACUGUCAUCCCAACUUUCCUGAGAAGGGCUGACCACCAGCCUGCCUAUGGGAAGUGGUGAAUUAAUUCCUUGUUUUGCUUUGCUUGUGUGCACAGCUUUUGCUUUAACCUAUUCCCUGUCUUGACCUCAGCCCUAAAGUUUUCUCACUUUCCAAUUCCCUCUGGGGAGAUUGAGGAGCAGCUCUGGGGGGCUGAGCUCCCAGCUGAGGUUAAACUGCAGCAUGGGCAGUGAGGGAGAAAGAAUUCUCAAAAAUGCUGCUGUUGCUCAUUACCCAGCUUUACUGUAGGAUAUAGAUUUCAUUGAGGCUUUUAAUAAUUAUCAUAAAGGGUGUAAUAAAAAUGAGUCUUUGCCCUUUCACUGCCUACAAGAUUGCCCUCCUGUCUUAGUGGCAGUGGGGUAGUUCUGGUCCCACUGAGGGCCACGUCUGCUGCUGGCCCCAGUCUCAAUCUGUCAGCUGGAGAGUAGAGAAAUCUGUCCUCUGCAUGCAACUCCAUGAAAAACUCACAAUAAGGAAGAUUGCUGAGGCCUAAAGAAUGAGGAAGAAGCUUUUCUGUUUCAAAUACUUUCCAACAACAAUUACUAUUUGUUAUCUUUCUUCUUAAUAAACGUACUCAAUGGUUUGUGUCAAUAGUGUUAUAAAUCAAGAAAUCAAAUAAUUUUUAUCACUUUAUUAAUUAAAAAUAUUGUUUGGAUGUAUUUUUGUAGAGGAAACAUUUAAAAAUAAAAAUAAACUUUCAGCUGCAUACUUCAUUUCAAAAGUUAAUUUAGGGCACCUUAAUCACAAAAAGCUUCCGCAUUUACCCAUUUAUAGAGAUGAUAAUUAGUGGACAGUAAGGUGGGGGGGGGCGUUUUAUGAAAGUUUGAUACAGUCUGAUUUUAUAUACACUUAAGUAAGAUGUCAUGAUGUUUUGUUCUUUUGAUCCCUGCUAACAAUUAGGACUGCAAUCUUAUGACUAAAACUUGGUCAGGUGAGGUACCCUGGCUUUCAUGCUGUCACUCUACAAAUAAAAGAAAGUUUAAAGCACAAUAAAAAAAGGCAACAUGAAAAGGCAGGGGACAUUUAGAAAUUAAGUGGCUGGGUGUACGAGGUGUUUAAUGGCACUUCUGGCACAUACCUCAGAUAGUUAUUGGGUACUUUGACCUGCACUGCAGAGGACAAAGUUUAAGUUUAUACUUUAACGAGGCUCUUCUGGUAGGACUUUUGAUAUCCUCAGCACCAGCAGAUGUUUGUGCACAGCCAGCCUCCUUCCUUGGCCUUUGGGAAGGAGAGUUAGAGUUCAGGCUGGCCCUUCCUGGGGAAGAGGGCUGGUGGUCACCACACAGUGCUCUCUGCUCCCUGAGGUCCAUGGCAAACGGCCCUUGGGCUGGGCGUGAAGGCCUGGGAGACAAAUGUGAUACGGGCUUAGAACACGUUCUUGACAAUUCAAAUAGUGAAAAGCUCCAUCUUGGCCCUAGAAUAAGUGCAAUAGUGGGAAGCCUCAGGUACAUCAGCCCUUACUAGUCAUGUAUUUGUCAAGCUCAUGUGUCAGCUGAGGUGCAAAGCACGUGGCUGCUAGGUCUUCAGCGCAGAGAUACAUCUUGUGCAAAGCAAGUGGAUUUUCCCUUUCUUUAGAGAGCUUUCACUGUGAAGCUGAAUGGUCCUGGAAAUACCCUCCAACCCAUGUAAAUGGCAGCUGCUGUCCCCAGGCCUGGCUGCUCUCAGGAAGAUGCAGCAGCUAAAUGGAAAGGCUGGAACCAGCCUGUGAAGCAAAUGCAAACCUCACGUUGCUGGGCUCGGUGUUUACAGAGAGGGUUUAUUUGGCUCCCAGAAAAGAGUUAAGAUGAUGUGAAGAUCAGAGUCAGGUCUCAUGAUGCAAAACAAAACUUGGGAACUGUUCACAAGUACAGCAGAGUAUUUCCUUCUCAGAUUAAAUAACCAGAUGGAUGGGCACCAUAUCUGGAAAUUCAUUAGUUGUAUCUAAAAAGUUAUGUAAAACAUUAGCAUAUAUUCUCACUAGGUUUUUCUUAGAGUAUAGAAUGAUGUCGUGUUUAAGCUAAUCCUUACCAUGCCUGCCAAUCUUAUAAUUUCCCCCUCUAGCUAAGAAUAACAGUACUGCUGAAUCCAGAGGAAAGCUCUGGAACUGCCACCUGCUGUCUCCUUUCCUGGCUGAUAGAGAGGCUCCUGCAUGCUGCUGCUUGUGCUCAGGAUUUUCCCCCUUAGUCCUCACCACUGCCCCCCAGUUUAAAUGUUAUCUUCUUGAGGUCUCCAUGGCUGAGAGGAGCCACAUUUGGGCACAGGCAGGAGCCAUGAGCCUUCCACAAAAACAAUGAAUUGGGCUUGUAUUCAGACAUGGAAUAAGGAAUUUCCUACAGCUCUUCUGGUCUCACACUUACGGGUUUAGCCAGCUGCUUCCAAAAGUAGCAUCUAUAUAUAGAGACACUUCUCCCCAAAAUUCUUGUUUUUCAAAAUCAAGGAUAAGGAUUUAUUACCUUUGCUUUAAAACUUUUUUUUUUUUUUUCUCUAGGCUAGGGGUCUGCUGAGUCAUUUUAUUAAUAGUGUGCCUCAUUUGGAAAUUACAUGGGCUUUAAAGAUUUCAUUUUUAAGUUAUGCUGCCUGUAAGAAAUGGCACCUACGCAGGAAGCUCACACCCUGGCAGACACCCACAGCACCAAAUGGUGUCACUGGUCUUUGAUAGCAAAACUACCAAAGAGCCACACCUUAUGCCAAAUGAAGAUGCAUCCAGAAUAGGAUGCUCAGAGGGGUAUUUUCUUGUUGCAAAAAAGGUUGGGAAGUUUUUUGGGAUGCAGAGGUGAUCAGAGAGCUGAAACACCUCUCCAGUGAAGGCAGGCUGAGAGGUUGCUCAGCCUGGGGAAGAGGUGGCUCUGGGGAGGCCCUAUUGCAGCCUUUCAGUACCAAAGGGAGCUUGUAGGAAAGAUGGAGAGGGACUUUUUAUCAAGGUCUGUAGUGACUGGACAAGGAGGAAUGGUUUUAAACUGAAAAUGGUUUGGUUUAUAUUAGAUAUUAGGAGGAAAUUUUUCACUGUGAAAGUGAUGAGACACAGGAGCAGAAAAGAUGUGGAUGCUCUAUCCCUGGAAGUGCUCAAGGCCAGGUUGGGUGAGGCUCUGAGCAACCUGACCUAGUGGAAGUUGUCCUGGCCCGUGGCAAGAAGGUUGGACCUAGAUGAUCUUUGAGGUCACUUCCAACCCAAACGAUUCUGAUAACAUGAAGGAGUGGCCGUAAGGGACUGGAAGAGUUUUGGUUACAGUUUCCACAUGAUCUACAGAGUAGGGUUUUUCUUCAUCUUUUUGCUGGGAUAGAAGAGGGAAACAUUGACUCUACUUGUCCAUUACACUCACAGAAAAUUAUACCAUGCAAGACUUCAUUUGAUUACACAGAAGAUGUAGCUAUCAAUUUGAUCACAUGAAUGGAAAGUCGUGUAAAUCCUGCAUCAGGAAAACGUUUGGAGUAUCCACCGAAGAGUGAGAAAAAAAGAGCACAGUUUCUGAGGCAUUUUGCCACAGUUGCAUUUGGCCUUUUGGGAGCCUGAGUACGUGGAUGAUCUUAUUCAGCAGCUCAGCAGCCACAGGUGCAGCUGGACAAACCCAGCCUGGGCUGACACCGCAGGGGCUUAAAUGCCUGCAGUGAGAUAGAACAGAGAGCUUCAACUAAAUGAGCUAAAAGGAAAAAUCCUUUCAAUAACCAUCAAGUUCUUCAGUUGCUAAGAGUAGGGAGGCCACAGGCAGGAUCAGUGCAAUGAU